GUGGCGGCAGCGGCCGUGGUGGCAGCGAAAGCAGCGGCGGCGGCGGCGGCGGCGGCGGCCGCUGCAGCCACACACUCCGCCGCCAAACUGGAGGAGCGACGGAAGCCGGAUCCCAGGAGGAUGGAGGAUGAAGCUGUCCUGGACAGAGGGGCUUCCUUCCUUAAACAUGUGUGUGAUGAAGAAGAAGUAGAAGGCCACCAUACCAUCUAUAUUGGGGUCCACGUGCCCAAGAGCUACCGGAGAAGAAGACGUCACAAGAGAAAGACAGGGCACAAAGAAAAGAAGGAAAAAGAGAGAAUCUCUGAGAACUACUCUGACAAAUCAGAUGUGGAAAACGCUGAUGAAUCCAGCAGCAGCAUCCUAAAACCUCUCAUCUCUCCUGCCGCAGAACGCAUCCGGUUCAUCUUGGGAGAGGAGGAUGACAGCCCAGCGCCUCCCCAGCUCUUCACCGAACUGGAUGAGCUGCUGGCCGUGGAUGGACAGGAGAUGGAGUGGAAGGAGACAGCCAGGUGGAUUAAGUUUGAAGAAAAAGUGGAACAAGGUGGGGAGAGGUGGAGUAAGCCCCAUGUGGCCACGUUGUCCCUACACAGCUUAUUUGAGCUUAGGACAUGUAUGGAGAAAGGAUCGAUCAUGCUUGACCGGGAGGCUUCUUCUCUCCCACAGUUGGUGGAGAUGAUUGUUGACCAUCAGAUUGAGACAGGCCUCUUGAAACCUGACCUUAAGGAUAAGGUGACCUAUACUUUGCUCCGGAAGCACCGUCAUCAAACCAAGAAAUCCAACCUCCGGUCUCUGGCUGACAUUGGGAAGACAGUCUCCAGUGCAAGUAGGAUGUUUACCAACCCUGAUAAUGGUAGUCCAGCCAUGACCCAUAGGAAUCUGACUUCCUCCAGUCUGAAUGACAUUUCUGAUAAACCAGAGAAGGACCAGCUGAAGAAUAAGUUCAUGAAAAAACUGCCACGUGAUGCAGAAGCUUCCAAUGUGCUCGUUGGGGAGGUUGACUUCUUGGAUACUCCUUUUGUUGCCUUUGUUCGACUACAGCAGGCUGUCAUGCUGGGUGCCCUCACUGAGGUCCCUGUGCCCACAAGGUUCUUGUUCAUUCUCUUAGGUCCUAAGGGCAAAGCCAAGUCCUACCAUGAGAUUGGCAGAGCCAUUGCCACCCUGAUGUCUGAUGAGGUGUUCCAUGACAUUGCUUACAAAGCAAAAGAUAGGCAGGACCUGAUUGCUGGCAUUGAUGAGUUCCUAGAUGAAGUCAUUGUCCUUCCACCUGGAGAAUGGGACCCAGCGAUCAGGAUAGAACCUCCUAAGAGUCUUCCAUCAUCUGACAAAAGAAAGAAUAUGUACUCAGGUGGAGAGAAUGUCCAGAUGAACGGAGACACCCCCCAUGAUGGAGGACAUGGAGGAGGAGGGCAUGGGGAUUGUGAAGAACUGCAGCGAACUGGACGGUUCUGUGGUGGAUUAAUUAAGGACAUAAAGAGAAAAGCACCAUUUUUUGCCAGUGAUUUUUAUGAUGCUUUAAAUAUUCAGGCUCUUUCAGCAAUUCUCUUCAUCUAUCUGGCGACUGUAACUAAUGCUAUCACUUUUGGAGGACUGCUUGGGGAUGCCACUGACAACAUGCAGGGUGUGUUGGAGAGUUUCCUGGGCACUGCUGUCUCUGGAGCGGUCUUUUGUCUCUUUGCGGGUCAACCACUCACUAUUUUAAGCAGCACGGGACCCGUCUUAGUUUUUGAGAGGCUUCUAUUUAAUUUCAGCAAGGACCAUAAUUUUGACUAUUUGGAGUUUCGCCUUUGGAUCGGCCUGUGGUCAGCCUUCCUGUGUCUCAUUUUGGUAGCCACUGAUGCCAGCUUCUUGGUGCAGUAUUUCACUCGUUUCACAGAAGAGGGCUUCUCCUCUCUGAUUAGCUUCAUCUUUAUCUAUGAUGCUUUCAAGAAGAUGAUCAAACUAGCAGAUUACUACCCCAUCAACUCUGACUUCAAAGUGGGCUACAAUACACACUUUUCCUGUGCCUGUGUGCCACCUGACCCAGUUAAUAUCUCAAUAUCUAAUGAUACCAUACUGGCCCCAGAGGAUUUUCCAACUGUUUCUUCUACUGACAUGUACCAUAAUUCUACCUUUGACUGGGAAUUUUUGUCGAAGAAGGAGUGUUUGAAAUACGGAGGAAAGCUUGUGGGGAACAACUGCGAUUUUGUCCCUGAUAUCACACUUAUGUCUUUCAUCCUCUUCUUGGGCACCUACACCUCUUCUAUGGCUCUGAAAAAAUUCAAAACCAGUCGUUAUUUUCCAACCACAGCAAGAAAGCUAAUCAGUGACUUUGCCAUUAUCUUGUCCAUUCUCAUAUUUUGUGUAAUAGAUGCCCUUGUAGGUGUGGACACUCCAAAACUAAUUGUGCCAAGUGAGUUUAAGCCAACAAGUCCAAACCGAGGAUGGUUUGUCCCACCGUUUGGAGGGAACCCUUGGUGGGUUUACCUUGCUGCUGCCAUCCCUGCUUUGUUGGUCACCAUUCUGAUUUUCAUGGACCAACAGAUCACAGCUGUGAUUGUAAAUAGAAAAGAACAUAAACUCAAGAAAGGAGCUGGGUAUCACCUGGAUCUCUUCUGGGUGGCCAUUCUCAUGGUGGUGUGCUCCUUCAUGGCUCUUCCGUGGUAUGUGGCUGCUACUGUCAUCUCCAUUGCUCACAUUGACAGUUUGAAGAUGGAGACAGAGACGUCUGCACCUGGAGAACAACCAAAGUUUCUAGGAGUGAGGGAACAAAGAGUCACUGGAACCCUUGUGUUCAUUCUGACUGGUCUGUCAGUCUUUAUGGCUCCCAUCUUGAAGUUUAUUCCUAUGCCAGUACUGUACGGUGUAUUCCUGUACAUGGGGGUGGCCUCACUUAAUGGUGUGCAGUUCAUGGAUCGUCUGAAGCUGCUUCUGAUGCCCUUGAAGCAUCAACCUGACUUUAUCUACCUGCGUCACGUACCCCUGCGCCGUGUCCACCUAUUCACUUUCCUGCAGGUGUUAUGUCUGGCCCUGCUCUGGAUCCUCAAGUCAACGGUGGCUGCUAUCAUUUUUCCAGUUAUGAUCCUGGCACUCGUAGCUGUCAGAAAAGGUAUGGACUACCUCUUCUCCCAGCAUGACCUCAGCUUCCUUGAUGAUGUCAUUCCAGAAAAGGACAAGAAAAAGAAGGAGGAUGAGAAGAAAAAGAAAAAGAAGAAGGGAAGUUUGGAUAGCGACAAUGAUGAUGAGAAAGAUCCUCAACAUUCCUCGAACGCCACACAUCAUGCUGAUAAAAUUCCUUUCCUUCAGUCACUCAGUAUGCCAAGUCCUCCUAGAACUCCAGUAAAAGUUGUGCCUCAAAUUAGAAUAGAACUUGAGCCUGAAGACAAUGAUUAUUUCUGGAGGAGCAAGGGAACAGAAACUACAUUGUAAUCCGUUCAUCUCUCUUAGAACUGACAGUUUUGUUGUUAAUGUUCCUUUUAUUCCCCACCCACCUUUUAUCUGUUUGUUUAUUUUUAAAUUUUUGUUUUAUUUCAGUUUUUGGUCACUGGCCAAAUAAUACAACACUUCUCUCUGCUUCUCUCUUGCAUAGGUUAAAUCAAGACAAUAGUGCACCAUUCCCUAAAAACAGCAUCUGGGGAAUCUCCCUUUUGUUCUUAUGUUUUAGAUGUGUCCUCUGACAUCCUAAUUCCUGUCACUCAAGACAUGCACAGAUCCUGUCCUUUUCCUUUAUUAAGCAGAGGUCAAAAGUAUUAAGAUUUUAUAACAACUUUUAUUAAAAUAUUGAAGGAACUUAAAACUUUAGCUUUGGAGCUGUGCUUACUGGCUUGUCUUUGUCUGGUAGAACAAACCCUGCCCUCCAGACAGAGUCCCUUCUUGCUUAUAGAGCUCCCCAGGACUGGAAAAAGUGCUGCUAUUCUAACUUGCUCUUGCUUAUAAACCCUAAUCUUAGAGUUAUCAAAAGAAGACAAACUAAAGGUACUUUACUCCCUAUAGAGAAACCAUUGCCAUCAUUGUAGCAAGUGUUGGAAUGUCCCUUUUUCCUAUGCAACUUUUUUUAACCCUUUAAUGAACUUAUCUGUUGAGUACACUGAAGAAUAUUUUUCUUCCUAGAUUUUGUUGUUUAAAUUAUGGGGCCUAACCUGCAACUUAUUUUUUGUCAAUUUUUUAAACUUUUUUUUAAUUACUGUAAAGAAAAUGAAUUUUUCCUGCAGCAGGAAACAUAGUUUUGAGUAGUUCUACCUCUUAUUUGUAGCUGCCAGGCUUUCUGUAAAAAUUGUAUUGUAUAUAAUGUGAUUUUUACACACACACACACACACACACACACACACACAAUCUCUAAGGUAAGCCAGAAGGCUAGAUCAGAUAAAAACACCAUGUUUCUAAGCAUCCAUUUUCCCCUUUCUUUAAAAGAAAUUUAACUGUUCAAUGAAGGAGCUUGAGGAAAGGAGAGAAAUUCUUACACAGUGGGGUAACUGAUAUCCUUCCUGAUAAUGGUAGCAUAUGGGCAUGGAUGCUGAUUGUAUUACCAUGUCAAUGUCCUAUGCAGUAUUGUUAGGCAUUUUUAAAUUCUGAAAUAUUUGUGUGUUUGUGUAUGUGCUCUGUGUGUGGCUGGUGCAUAUACGUGCAAAGUUAGAAAAAGAAAGUGUGACAGUAGACAAAGGGCAAUGUUAUCAAAUCUCUUGUGUCGGUUUUCAUAAAAUCCAAACCACCUAUGAAAAAUUCACCAGGGCGGUCCAUGAAACUUGCCAUUAUGCAAAUAGGGUAAGCAUAUGUUAUUACCCAGACAUUAGUCAUAUAGCAGCCCAUGUUUAUAAUAAAAAAUCCAUAAGAAUAUUAACAGCCCAUUUACAUACCUAUAAAGUAUUAUAGGAAUACAGAUAAGUCUAUAGAGAUAAUUUGAUGUAUACAUACUAUAAUAAUGCACACAUUCAUUGGGGAUGCAAAGAAAUUAUUCUUUGUGAUUGGGACACUUAGAAUGUGUACGUAUAUAUGCACAUCAUACCUAUUUGUGUUUCAAAGUACCAUAUUGAAAAUCAGACCUUUAUUAAUCAAAUUGAACAUGGUGUUUACAGGUAGUAUUUUCAAUGUUACAUUAUAUAUUGAAUGUAUUUUGAAAAGGACAUUUUACAUGGUUGACUUCGUACUUUUGGAUUCCUAUAACCAUGAUUGUGACAUAUCCUCACCAUACCAAGUUUUUGGAGGAGUACAAGAAGCAGAAUGAAACCUCUUAUUUGGGUUUCAUAAUAUGCAUUUAUUGACCCCCACUCAUUCCUAUAUUAAUUAAAUUUUAAUCCUGCCAUUUUGAAAUUUUCAUUAUAAAAAAUUUAUUAUCCUGAGUUAGAUGUUACUUUUGUAGUAUCUGGUCAUCUUAAACCUUUUAAUUUUAUACAAAUGGACAUAAAUUAUCCUAAUAUUUUUCAUUGAAAUCACAGUGGCAAAUCACAUUUUAUUGUGUUAGAACUUCAAAGGUUAUAUUUUGGCAUUAUGUUUGUAUUUAGAGCUAACCCUAAAAUGAUGAUUCUAUAUUUUUUAGUUUUCUGUUAUCCUAAGUUAAAACUAUGUAAGAAGCCUUACCCAUAACGUGUUUAAAAGCUGCAUAGUAAAUUCAACCUAACCCUUAUAAUGGCAAAUUAAAGGCACACCUGUUUAUUUUUAUAGAAGUUCUAGAUGUAAUGAUAUUUUUUUCUCAUUGUGCAUCAAAGCAACUUAACUCAUCAUUGUAGAGGGAAAAACUAUCUAUAGUCCCACUGAGGAGCCCACUUAUUUUGUGACUGGUCAGAGGGUUGGUAUUCAUGAUGUGAACACAAAACAGCAUCUUACAUCUAAUGCAAGGACCAGUUUGUGUCAAAGGUUUUUAUAGGUCAUCAAGUUAAGAGGAACUGAGGUAGUUACCACACUAGUAAACAGAACCCGAGGUCCCUGUGAGCCCCCAGGUUUUCUGUAUUCUAACUGAAUUUACUCAUUGCCUAAGAACUAACCAGAUUUUUGGAUGGUUUUUGUCUCUAUGUAAACUGGACACACGUCCAACAGUAAAUAUUUUAUGAAAUACUUCUUUUCUCCCUCAUGUGAAUUUAGAUUCAUGUUUCUAGAAGUAAUGACUAAACACAUUCUAAGUUAUGAACCAAGAGUCCUGUGAAUUUAGAAACUGAGGGAAGAGAUGAUUAGACCAAGAGUCUGUCAAUCAAAGGAGUGAAUAGUUGCCUCUGGUUUACAUUGAGAGAAUAUCUUGGAGACACUGUUUUCCUUGAGAAAAGUCAUUCUCUCUACUAUUGGUAACAACUGCUUGGAAUCCUGUUUAUUUUGUGUGCUGUGGGCAGCAUUGUUCCUGCCCCUUCUCCCAGUCAAGAUUGAGGGGUGGGUCUGUGGAGGGACUUAACUGAUUUGAAAAAGCCAGAAGACAAACACCUCCCUCCUCAGUCCCAACCUGAAAGAAUCGGGGGAAAAAUUUGUCUGCUGUCCACAAUUCAAUUUGUGUGUAUUUGAAGCACGUGCAGCAACACACACAGAGCAAAUCUUUUAUCCGCUAUAUAUUGGUGUUUCGUACAGAGAAUGAUUGUCUUCCGAAUUUUUGGUUCUUUUAUUUUUAACUGUGUUGAAGUACUUGAAAUGUAUUGACUGCUGACUCUCUUUAAAAAACAAAACCAUUUGAGUUGUAUUACAGAGGUUGACAUUGUUUAGGGAUGGGACAAAGCUUUCUUCAAUCCUUUUCAUACCACUUAAUGAUUUUGGUGCAGGAACUUGAGAUUUUCUUAUUUAUGUUCCAUGAUAUUUCACAUCUGCUCUCACAGGAUAAGCAUGAAGCCCAGUGGCACCAAGUGGCUAAAUACAAUUUUUAAAAAUAGCAGCACUUCACUUUCUGAAGAGCUUCAUGAAUUUUCAGAUUAUGAUUUCAUUGAACUUCAUUGUAGCCCCCCAAAACAAAAAACAAAAAAACAAACAAAAAGAAACCUUUUGUAACAUAUACUCAUCAAUCAAGUUGUGUUUUGACCAGAGGUUUGGAUAUAUCUCAUUUGCUGGCUCAUAUUGUUGUGCUCUAUGGGUACAUACAAAACUCCUGAAUUUUGUUUUCCUAGGCAAAUAUUGCAACUCAGGGCUAAAGUUACCCAGUGAAACUUUUAGAGCCAGAAGUAACUUUGUCCCAGUCCUACAAUGUGAAAAGAAUGAGUAGUUGCCUCUUUUUAGCCGUUUUCAUGGCUGGUACAUAUCUGUACACAUUACUUUUCAGAAUCAAUACGCACUUUCAGAUAUUCUUAUUUUUAUUCUCUCAAGUCUUUAUUAACUUUGGAGAAAUGAUGCAUCUUUUUAUUUUAAAUGAAGUUGAUCAACAUGGUGGAACAAAAUGAUAAAGAACAGAAAACAUUUCAAUAUAUUACUAAUAAUUUUUUCCAAUAUAAAACCUAAAAUUCCUAUAACAUUAUAGUAUUUUACAGUUUUAUGAAGCUUUCUAUUGUGACUUUUAUGGAAUUAUGAGAUGAAGAAGAUGAGAUAUUUUAGCAUUUAUAUUUUUCAAAAUUAAAUGUAUACUUAAAAUAAAGUAACUUUAUGCAUU